GCUGCCGUCAUCCUUUGCUGGAGCAAUUGUUGUUGCCGGACGUGCUUCUUUAGACCCAGUCAAUAUGGUUUUCUCUCAGACUCUCCGCCGCGCCGCCGCCCAGAGGGCCGGUGCUUACCGCUCCCCUUUCGCUCCCAAGUACCACACUCCCCUUCACUUCCACGGCCUCACCACCGGCCUGGCUACCAAGUACGCUACCAUUGCUGGCACCUUCGGUGUUGCCGCCGGUACCUUCGCCCUCUUCUUCUUUGGCGAGAUCCCCCGUGUCCGCCGCGACAUCCUCCAGAAGGUUCCUUUCCUCGAUGAGUACUUCGACCGCACGAUCGCUCCCGAGGACAACCCCUUCUAAAUCUGUGCCGUAUGGGAUAUGCUUUUCCGACCAUCUAUAAGAACCCACCCAGCAUGGAUAUGCU